AUGAACCUAGACUCCUUGUUCCAGCAAAUCUUCCUCGUAGAACAGAAAGCUGAAGAAAAGAGGUGCCUGAUGCAUCAAGUAAAACAAGAGAUAAGCAAAAAUCAUGAAAAAGCUAAUCAAAUUACACAACAACUUGGUGAAGAAAAACAAAAACUGGAAAUUGAAGCUCAGUUGCUAUCUGAAAAGCUCUUUAGCUUGGAACUUUUCAAGAAACGGAAAGAGAGUUUAGAAAAACAAAAAGCUGAUCUUCUAAAUCAGAAGAAUAUUAAUCUUGAAGCAUAUAAAAAUCUAAAGACAAGAAUUGCUGAAGAAGAUGAAACAUUUUUGAAGGAAAUUAAAAUUUUUAAUAAUGAAUAUGGGUUAAUAUUAAAUCGGGAACUUGUAAUUAAAAAAAGAGUCCAGACUGAAAUAUGUGAACUAGAUGAGAAGGAAAGUCUUCUGAGAAAAGAAAUAGAAUCAAUGGAGCAUGAAACAAUUCAAUUAAAAAUAUUUCAUCUACAGAAGAAUGAAUUAAAGCAGGAUUUAUCUAUUCUCCAGAGGAAACUCAGAGAUUUUGAAAAAGAAAUAGCAGAAACUAAAUCUCUCACAAACUGCUUAGAAUUAGAAAAAAUCACGAUUUCUGAAAAACUUCAGACCGAUCCAGAAUAUAUAAGGCUUAAAAAGCAGUUGGAGAAUUAUAAAGCCGAUGAAACGGAAAAUGCCUGUGAGGCUCUUCAAAUGGAAAUUGAAUUUCUGCAGAUGGAAUUGUUACAAAAAAAGUCUUCAGCCAAAUAA